GCUGAGGCGGCUCUUCGGAAGCAAGGUGCCUGCUUUUCCUCCAAAGUUUUACCUGGCAAUGACCGAGUCGAUGGCUGACGAGAGACGGUCUCAGUUGGAGCAGUACCUUCAGAAUGUUACUUUAGAUUCAAAUAUUACCAAGAGUGAUGUCUUCAUAGGUUUUUUCCGAAAGCUACAGCAGGAUACAUUUAAGAUCAAAACCCAGAGAGCAUCUUUGGAUGUUUACCUUGCUGAUGGCAGCAGUAUUAGACUUGAUAUCCAGACAUCAGACACUGCAGAAAGAAUAUUAGAGGUUACAUCAUACAAGAUGGGGCUAUCAAGAGAAUUAAUAGGAUAUUUCAGCCUAUUUUUUAUUCAAGAUCACAGUGAUGGAGCUCUCUCUGUGGUGAAAAAAGUGGCAGAAUUUGAACUUCCUUACGUGAGUCUUCAGAGCAUGAAAGAGUUGCACUGUAAGCUUGGGAUCAGAAAGUGGUAUAUGGAUCCUUCUCUUGAUACAUUGCUGAUGAACUGUAGAGCUUCAGUGAAUUUGCUAUAUAUGCAGGCAAUCCAGGAAAUAGAGAGGAAUUGGGUUAAACCAACAGAGGAGGAGAUGCAGGAGCUUGGAUUUCUACAAAAGACUGCAAACAAAGUGAAGUUCCUGGAACUGGUUCGAGAAAUGCAGUUCUAUGGAUACAUACGACUUGAUCCUUGCCUUUGUGACUACCCAGAAGGUCCUGAAAAGGAUGGUGAAGAAGAAACUCUGGAGCUCAGAUUUGAGUACAGGGAUUCAGAUACAUGGCAGUGGAUAACUUUUUACACAAAACAGGCCUUUCUGCUGAGUAGCUGCUUGAAGAAAAUCAUAUCAGAACAGAUGAUGAAGGCAAGCAAAGAAGGCCAAGAAACGGAGGUCAAGAUGCCUGAAGCCACAAAAACUAGUAAUAAGCCCAGCAUCCAGCAGAAACAGGUAGUUUCUUCCAGUUUUAUACCUAGGAGAAGAUUUUUUGUUCAGCCAAAUGAAGAGGAUUGUGUAUUUGAGAAAAUAAGAGAAGAGGACCUGUGACAAUUUAUUUUAGAUGCUGUAUUUUGAGAUGAAUUGUCUGCAAAUAAGAAACUUUUUGA